CAUUCGUUCUUUUGCCCAACCAGACCACAGCAGCAUACAGUACAAAGCACUGGGGGGAGGAGGACCCGCCUAGUCAAACUUUGCUCGGACGACGGUCGUGGGUGCAACCUGGUGACGUAGUCACGCCAUAGCCGACGAUUUGAAACUUGUUUCAUUCACGACUUGUCUCUUGCCCGCUUAAGGUCUGUCUAGUUUAGACAAGUCAAAUCGCUACGGAAUUCGUCCGAAACGCCAACAAAGCGCCGUACGCGUAGUUAUAAGAUUAGGCAUUGCCGGAGGCCUCUGGACUGCCAGCAAAGCGUCGUUUUUUAUACACGUACUACGGCGCCGCCGCCGCCGCCGCCGCAGCAACAGCAGCAGCAGCAGCAGCACAUGGCAGCAGCGUCGAAAUCGGUAGCAUGCUGAUCUCUGCCAGUUUCAGGUUCAGUCCCGGCCUGCCGUGUGUAAGCUCGUCCCACCAGAGGCCUAGACCAGCAGGUGUCAGAUGGAAUCAAGUCCACGCUGGCUCUCUUCUCCUUUCGUUGGCGAUCCUAGCCGUUCAUCCCGCCAGGAUUCCAGGAACGUCGGCCAGUUUACACUCGUCUCAGUCGCAUCCGGAGCGGCUUUUAGCUAAUACCGGGACGAGUCUGCCUUCUCAAGCAGGCUUCGUUAGUAUCAACUGCGGGUACUUUGGCCCCCCGUUUGUGGAUAAACUCACCGGAAUAAGGUGGCAGCCGGACAAGUAUUUCACCACAGGAGUGGUGGACAAAGCGCCGCCGCCCAAGGGCAAGCAGUGGGGGGCCGAUGACGUGGAUGCAACCAUGCGAGUCUUUAAGGAGUACCCCGUUAACUGUUACAACAUCCCUGUGGCAAGGCCUGGGCGCUAUCUGCUGCGCCUGGUGAUGUACUAUGGGAAUUACGACAAUGCCAAGAGCCCGCCCGCAUUCAACGUCUCCUUUGGGAUCUCCUUUGCGGCGACGGUGGUGCUGGCGCUCAAGGAGCGGGUGGUGUCUGAGAUCAUAGGGCAGGUGGACUCGACCGAGCUCGAGGUCUGCUUCGUCAGCAUCUACGGCAAGCCUCUGGUGAACGCCAUAGAGCUGAGGCCGCUGCCGCCAGCGUCCUACGUGUCCCUGCCCGACCCCACGGGGGUGAUGCUGCUGUGGUGGCGCCUCUUCUGCGCCAACAACACCCGCUUCAACCGCAUGCUGCGCUACCCCUACGACCCGCUAGACCGCAUAUGGGAUGCGGAUGGCGUGCUAGCAACGAGUGGGGGGGCAGCCUCGUCCAGUCUCAUGUUUGACUAUUCGCCAGAAUCCAUCGUUUUUGGCACGCCGGUCAGAGUCAAGGCGGCCAUUGGCGCCACAGCCAGCGCUGCUGCAUUCGGCAUUGGGGAUUCGGGGAGGGUGGUGGUGGGAGAAUCACCUUCUGAAGAAGCAGUAGAAGUGGCACACGCGACGACAGCAACAACAGCAGCGAUAGACACAGGGGCAGCAGAAACGCCAGCAACAGCAACCACAACAGCAGCAGCAGCAGAAGCAGCAGCGGCAGCAGCAGCAGCAGCAGCAGCAGAUCAAGCAAGCACCGGGAAUGGAACCCUCAAUGCCGCUCCCUCGUUCCUCGAGCUGACAGCUCGCACGAUGCCCCAAGCACUUAAAGCCAACGGGCUGCAGUACGAGUUCCAAUUCCUCGAGAGCCCCGCCAACUUCCAGCUGAUCCUGUACUUUGCGAACGUGGAGGGGCGCGUGAAGAGGGCCGGGGACAUGGUGUUUGAUAUCGAGCUCAAUGGCCAGCUGGUGUUUGCGGGGUUCGAUCUGUUUGAGCAGCUGCAGGGGAAAGGGAGGGUAGGAGUGGCUGGGAUGAGUGGCGUUGGCGGAAGGGGUGAUGCUGGUGGUGGUGGGAGGGAUUUGACUGCGCAUGCUGCUGCGGCUCCUGGUGGCGGUGGUGGUGAUGUGACUGCUCGUGCUGCUGCGGUUGGUCUUGCUGCUGCUCCGGCCGGUUUGUCGCCUCCUGCCUUUCCUCCUGCUGCUGCGGCUCCCACCGCCCCCCCAGCUGCUGCCACUGCUCCUCCUACCACCCACCUUUCUGCUGCUUCUCCUGUACCCGCGCCCGCUGCUGCUGCGAGUGGCACUGACAUUGCCCUGUACGGGCAGCAGGUGGUGAUGGUGUCAGUGAAUUUCACCAGUGUGGAUCUGUACACCCCUGCCACGCUGCUGCUGACGCCUGCGGUAACCAGCCGCCUGCCGCCAGUAGUCAGUGGCAUUGAGAUGUACGAGGUGUUCCCAGCAGCCAAGCCAACGCCCGCUGCUGAAGUCUCGGCCCUGCGUGACUUCCAGCAGGCGUUGGGGGCGCCAGCGUCGUUGGCGGGGUGGCAGGGGUCGGAUCCAUGCAACCCCAUCAAGUGGGCGGGCAUACAGUGCACGCAGACGCAGGGGGAGAGCGAGUCCCAUGUCAGCGGCAUCUACCUCGGCAACUCCAGUCUCCACGGCUCCAUCUCCCCCUCCCUUGCUAACGUCUCCCGCCUCCAACACCUCUGGAUCAAUGACAACGACCUGGUGAGGGAGAUACCCAGCUCCCUGGGCGACCUUGGGGAUCUGCUCACGCUUCUGCUGCAGAACAACCAGCUGGAGGGGGUAGUGCCUCAGUCGCUCACCAAUCUCACUACACUGGUGCAGCUAAACGUGGCCAACAACAGUCUAACGGGUGUAUUCCCUUUCAAUAUGACCACUCAGUACAUCCAGAUAGUAGCCACCGGCAACGACCUCUGCUCCCCACAGGGCCUCUACAACCUUCCCAACUGCGGAGUCCUGCCCCCUCCCCCUUCCCCUCCCCCCUCCCCCCACGCUCCCCCCGCCGCAUCUCCCCCGUACUCCCCGCUUGAGCCCUCCUCUCCUCCCUCCCCUUCUCCUGCUAAUUCCGACGGCAAUGGGCGGAACGUGCUGGUGAUAUCGCUGGUGGCGUCCAUCUUGGUAGCGGCUAUUGCAUCUGCGCUGGUUGUGUGGAUGUACGUUAGAGGGGCGAGGAAGAGGGCCAGGAAGGUGGGCGAGGAGAAGGAGGGGGAGGAGAAGAGGAGUGAGGCUGAGAAUGCAGGAGCAGCAGCAGGGGGAGGAGGAGGAGGGGGAGGGGGGGAUGGGGAUGAGGGGUCAGGGAAGGAAGGGGAUGGGUAUGGGGAAGGGAGUGGAAGGAGCAGGGACGGAAGCGGGCGGAGAGCUGUUGGUGUGUCCCGCAGUGGGUCAAGAGAGGAGCGGGGGAGUGAGAGUGAGAGGGAGAGGGAGAGGGAGAGGGAGAGAGGGGGAAGUGGGGGAAGUAGGGAUCGAGAGAGAGAGUAUGGGGACGGUGUAGGUUUGCCAAGCAUGCCACUUUCCGGGCCUAAUUCAAGCUCUACCGAGCCUCUUCUGCCCAAUGGGAAUGUGUCCGAGCCUAAGAGUAUCCACAGUGACCGUAGUGGGGAAAGAGGGAAGGGCAGUCUUGCUGGUGGGGGUUAUCCGCCCAGCACUGCUGCUGCUACAGCUGAUGAUGCUACAGCUGUCGUAGGUGCAGGAAUAGCAACUACAGCAGCAGCAGUAGCAGCCGCAGCAGCAGGAGGAGCAGCAGCGCAGAACGGACAAAAGUCCCCGCCCAACGUGCUGGCAGUGGACCCUGAGCCGUUCACUGUGCCGCCCACGCACGUGCAGCGGAUGACCUUAGCGGAGCUGGAGGAGGCCACUGGGGGGUUCUGUGAGGAGCACCUCAUAGGCGCGGGCGGGUUCGGGUCGGUGUACCGGGGGGUGCUGGCGAAUGGGCGGGUGGUGGCGGUGAAGAGGCGUGCGGUGGACUCCAUGCAGGGGUCAACAGAGUUCAAUAACGAGCUCAAGUUCCUGUCCAAGAUUCGCCACCCGCACCUGGUGGCGCUGAUUGGCUUCUGUGAGGAGCAGGGGCAGCAGCUGCUGGUGUAUGAGUUCAUGGCGCAGGGCAACCUGAGGGAGCACUUAUAUGACCGGUUGGGAGCGCCAAGGGGCCGACUGCGAUGGCUGCAGCGCCUGUCUAUUGCUGUUGGUGCCGCCAAAGGCAUAGAGUAUUUGCACGUGGCCCUUCGCCCCUCCAUCAUCCAUCGCGACAUCAAGACCACCAACAUCCUCCUCGACGACAGCCUCUGCGCCAAAGUCGCUGAUUUCGGGCUCUCGAGGCUGGGCCCACAGGACAGCUCGCACGUGUCGACCAAUGUCAAGGGGACAGCGGGUUACUUGGAUCCAGAGUACUACACGGUGCAGCAGCUGACGGAUCGCAGCGACGUGUUCAGCUUCGGGGUGGUGCUGCUGGAGCUGGUCAGCGGGCGACAACCCAUCGACCUCAACAGACCAAGGGUCGACUGGAACAUCAUUGACUGGGCGCGCAAGCACCUCCAGCAGGGUGAUAUCGAGGCGAUAGCGCGCAAGCACCUCCAGCAGGGUGAUAUCGAGGCGAUAGUGGACCCCACGCUGCCCCCCUCGGAGUUCCUCAUGGACGCCAUGUGGAAAGUGGCGGAGGUGGGCAUCCUGUGCGUGGAGCCCAUGGGCAUCAACCGGCCGAGCAUCAGCGAGGUGGUCAGGGAGCUCGGGGAGGCCGUUGCCAUGGAGCUGUCCAACACACCUGUAAGGAAUCACUUCCACCAGCACCACCAGCAGCAGCACCAGCAGCCGCAGCAGCGGCGGCAUGAGCAGCAGGAGGGGCAGGAGGGGGAGCAGGAGGAGUAUGAUUCUGAGAUUGGGGUGGAGUAUGGUGGGGAGAUGGGGGGAGAUAGGGGCACGGGGGGAGGAGCAGGAGGAGGAGGAGCAGCGAGAGGGGGAGGAGGGGAUGGAGGGGGGAUGGUUGGUAGGCGGGGUUAUUACAAUUCCACUCUGACGUUUUCUCGCUCGGGAACGAACGGUGGGGAUUCGUCCGGAGGGAUGGAUGCGCGAGAUCGGGGCGGCAGGGGGAUGGAUCGGGGUUUUGGGAGAGGGGAGAAUCUGAACAGAGUGGUCCCGGCUGAGCUGGCUAUGAGCUGGCAAGGGGAAGGAGGGGAGGCGUCAGGGGGCAUGAGGGGGGAUGGCGAUGGGAGUGGUGGAGUGUGGAUGGGUGUUGGAGGAGUGAGUGAGAGAGUGAGUGAGAGAGUGAGUGGGAGAGCGAGUGAGAGAGUGAGUGGGGAAAUGGGGAUGUGUGCAGUAGGGCGGGGAGGGUCGGGAGAAGGGGUUGUUGCAGGGAUGGGUGUGGGAGACUGGAGUGGGGGUAGCUCGGGAAGGCAUGGGGAUAGAGCCGGGGGUGAGCGAGGGAGAUUAGGAGGAUGGGGAGGAGGUGGAGGAGGAGAGGGAGAGGGAGAGGGAGGGAGCACGAUGGGGUUUAGAGGGCCAGGGAGAAGCGGAGAGAUGUACAUACGGAGGGGGGGGUCAUCGGAGGAGUUCAAGUCACGGAGCGGAGGGGAAGGGAGCGGGGCGCAAGGGGGCGGGGCGCAAGGGGUGGGCCCCAUGGCAGUCUCAGACUCUCUGAUGAGGCGGAGGAGGGAGGGAGCAGCGUACACCGGCCCGAUCGCACGGCCGAAUUUGCCAACGGGGGGUGGAGGGAGUGGGGGGAGAGGGAGAGAGGGGGGAGGGGGGGGAUAGGGCGGGGAGGGUUUUCUGGGGAGAGUGUGGAGGCGGAAUUGAUGAUGGCGCAUGCGCCCCAUGGGGAUUACAUGCUGCUGAGGAAAGUGCAGCAAGGGGUCAUGUCGCCACCCACCCCUCAGGAGAAACGGCACUUUUCAGCUGAGGACAAGCCCCGGUUCGCCUCGCCGUUCGCGCAGCCCGGGUUCCAGCCCCGGGCAGGUGGCCGAGAGUUUGAAUCUGCCCGUGAGCCGGCCGGGAGUCAUGGGAUUGGGGCGACCCCGGAUGGAAAGCGCCGCUUGAGUGAAGGGGUCAAUGUGACCAUGAGUGAGGAGGGACGCACCCUGGGGAAAGAUGUAACCCUGAGAAAUGACACGAGGAAUGACACGAGGCCGCCGGAUUUUGAGAUGUCGCGACCGCAUAACUUGGUAACGGCUACUGCCUCGUCUUUGUCGGCAGUAGAGCUGGUUGGAAUGUCGACAGACUCGUGGCGUGAGACCCCCUCCCUGCCGUACCUAGUGCCGAGCCAAGGCCCGGAGCACUUGAGCGGGCGGCUUGAUGAAAGGUUGGCUGGAGUUGAAAAGACUGAGCAGCGGAAAAUGGCCGUUCUUGCUCAAUUGGCACCGUCACAGUAGGUGUAUGUAUUGCUGCUUUUGCUGCACUUGUACACAUAUUUAGCACUAUGGUGCUCAAGGUUAGUAAGAAGUUAGUCAG